UGUAAACUGGACACAAAAAUCAACAAUUUUGAGAUUGAAACAAUCUAAAAAUCUUCAUAAUUUCAUCAAAACUUCCAAUUCCAUUAAAAUUAAAAUAAAAAAUGUCUUCGGAAAGUUCGCCAGCUAAGCAUUCGAAAUCGUUAAACAAUAUACAAGCAUUAGAAGAUUUUGAAAACCAAGAUGCAUUAAUCAAACAUGUGGAUAUUACUAUUGUGGAAUCUGAGAAGAGAGCUAAUGGGACCCUGCAUGUUCGAGAUCAUUACACAGUGUAUCUAAUAGAUGUGAAAGUAACAGAUUCUGAGUACAAACAGCUUCAGACUAAAAUCAGUACAAUAUGGAGAAGGUACACAGAGUUUGAGCAGAUUCAUGAUUACCUACAAGUGACUUACCCACAUGUAGUUAUACCACCAUUGCCUGAGAAAAGGAUCAUCUAUGCCUGGCGAAAAAGUGAUACAACAGACCCUGAAUUUAUAGAGCGUAGAAGAGCUGGCCUAGAGAACUUUUUACUGCGAGUAGCUUCACACCCUCAACUUUGCUUUGAUGAUCAGUACAUCAAUUUUCUCCAGCAGGAACAUGGAUGGCGAGAAACUAUUACAGAUAGUGGAUACCUCUUGCAGGCUGAAAACAAAAUAAAAUCUCUAUCUGUAUCCAUAAGGCUCAAGAAACCAGAUCCCGAAAUUGAUGGGGUUAAAAAUUAUGGAAAGCAAUUGGAGACAAAUCUAGGAAAUUUUCUUUACACCAGAUCAAAGAUAAUAGAGAAGAACUAUGCUCUGUGCAAGUUGCAUGCAAACUAUGGCAAGCUGUUUAGCGAGUGGAGUGUAAUUGAGAAAGAGAUGGGAGAUGGACUACAGAAGGCAGGACAUUAUUUCGAUUCAAUAGCAGACUCAAUAGAAUCAAUAGCAGAGGAUGAAGAGCAAUUAGCAGAUCAGUUAAAGGAAUAUCUCUUUUACGCGGCUGCGUUACAACAUCUCUGCGCUAACCACGAAGCGUUACAACGCAAUUUGGAGAAUGCCAACGAUGCGUUAACCAACAGAAUAGCGGAACGUAACCGUGCAGCUGCCGGAAAGUCCGGGAUAAUGUCACGUUUAUUCGGCACCACGGAGCCGGACAUUGUACGCGAUCAAAGCACGCGCGUGCUCGACGCGAAGAUACUCGCUGACACGCACGCCAUUGAACGAGCACGCACCGAUCUAGAAGAAUUCAGAAAAAAGGCCUCCGUUGAGAUUGAAUACUUUCAAAAGCAAAAGGAUAAAGAUUUGCACGAGUCGCUUGUGAAUUUUAUCGCGUUGCAAGUGAAGUCCGCUAAAAAGAACCUCCAAGCCUGGACACAGAUCAAAGAAUGUCUUCAAAAUAUGCCUUAACUGUGCUCGGCACUAACAUAUCCUAAAGAUUAUAUUUUAUACUGUAUAAAGAAAAUUAAAUUUUUAUAUAACACUUUUUACGUAGUUGUUUGUAGACAUUAAUAGGUUCUAUAUAAAACACCAGUAUUUGGUACGAGUCGUAAUUUAUUCUAUAGAAAGCUCAUUUUCUAAUAUUUGCACUAGGCAUGUAUCGAAUAUGUAAAUGUAUCAAUGAGUACAUGGAAUUCUACCUCCAUACAAUUUAUGGUUCGAUUAUAUCCACAGACAUUUUACAUAGAGCGUCGUCGUAGACAAUGUAGUAUUCUUUCAUGCAGUCUAUAUUUAUUGUAUACAUUUAACGUAAUAAGGCCGCGCAAUUGAAACUUGAAAAUGAAAACAUAAGUUAAUUUGCAUUGAGUCUUGCAAGGAUAAUCUUUUCACGGAAAUAAUAGAUUUACCAAAUGUUGAACUUUUAAGAUGUUGAUGACGGCUGGAGUUUUUGAUAAAGCCACCAGACGUUUAUAUUUUGUAAACAUAUCUCAAUUCUCAUGUCAGCUCUUGAGAAUUAUCUGUUUCAAAAACUGGUCCUGCCGGUAAUAUUUUAUUUCCAUUAAAUAUCGUUUAUAUCUUAUAGACUGAGCAUUCCAAACACGAAGUGAAGUCCUAGGUGAGACAGACGCUGAAAAAUCAUGCUAUGACGAGUAUUCGCGAAAAUAAUAUUUUAUCUGUGCGUUUUAUAUCUCAAACGAUCUGUGUCUAUUUCCCGGAAUAUACAGUCUAAAGUGUGUAUCUAUUUGCCUCCAAUGACAUUGUCAGUCACGUUUUAAAUAAACAAUGUAUAUUGGUGUAUGGACCGUCCAAUGUCUGUGGACAUAGACAGACCUUAUUCUAAUAGAUCUUUGUAACUUCAAUGUCUGGGAAUGUUUGGUUUUUCUGUUAAAUGUUUAACUUCACUUAGAUUAACUUCCAAAGACUUCUAUUUUACUGGGUAAUUAAAUUUGGACACAAUACAUACAGUGUUAACACUUCACCGUAUCAAAACGUGUUUUUCAUCACAGUUUUAUAAUUGUCAUUUUUGUAAAUUUAUUAUGUCUUAUAAUUUAAAAACUCCGGGGCAAGCAAUCGUUUUAAUCAAACAAAGAAGCAAAAGAAAUACCUUUAAUACCUUUGAAUUGUUUGUAAAUUAUUUAUAUUUAAAUACAUCAAUUCGUCUAAAUAUAAUUGUUUAUAAUUCUUAAUUAGUUGGAUAAAAAUCAUAUCAUAAAUUAAACUAAAGGCAAUAGUAAUGUUAAGGCCGCUUUGUUUGUAGCUUUUUACAAAAUAUGUACCUGAUUUUAUUUCAUAUUUCACAUUGCUCUGAGAUUAUUCUCAACUAUAGUUAAGCAUAAUUAUAAUCAGAGACUGCAAAUGGAUCUAGGCUGGAAUUAUAAAGCUUAUUUAUACCUUACGAAUGAGUAUUAUAGGCAAGGCUAUAAUACGAAAUAUUAUAUAAUACGGCUAUAAUAAGGAAAGUUUAAAAGGCAUUUAUAAUUUUCAGCCCUAGAGUUCGGAUUGAAAAAUAUUGUCAUAACUUUGACGCAUAGAUAGUGCAAUCCACGAAGACGCGCCCCACUCUAACCGUUUAUAGUAUAUGUGUGCAAGCUUCCGUCAAUGAGCGUAAUCAGUACACAUGCACACUACAAUUAAUUGACUAAUAAUGAAUAGACAGUCUCCUGGAGUGUCCUGGUCAAAGUGAAAGAUGCGAUCGACGAUCCCU